AUGGCGACGCAGAACGAACAUUACUACGAAAACUACUGUUCCUAUAGUUAUUUACAUAUUUUCAACCCUCCCCGGUUCAAAAUCAGCCACCUGCCUACUAGCCUCGUUUCGGCCGUGCUCGUUCAUCUGAACGUCCAGGAGCUGAUCACGUUGCAGCGGGUCAACAAAUCUCUUAGAGCCGCCGUCAGUGCGCGAGGGCUCUUUCCACGCAAAUGCGCCAAGGUCGCUUCGACGCUUGUGGCUUGCUGCUGCGCGAAACGAGCCUUGUACGAUGACGUGGAGAGCCAGGAGAUUUGGGCUCAUAGCCUGAGCAUCACCUUGCAUGACUCGCAAGGGUGGGCUAUCGAGAGUGGCGUUGCACCUAAUACCAUAUGUAUCUGGAAUGAAGCCCGCCAGCCAAUUAGCGUCGCAACAAUCCCCUUCAGUCGAUUCCGCAAAUUGCUAACGGCACUGAGGCCGGUUUUCACUGAAUGGAUCGAGCUCUAUAUCAACCGCAUUGGGUGCAACAGCCACCACCACUGCUGCGAUUUCUAUGAAUUAAUGGAGAUCAGCCCUUUUUACCGGUGGCUCGGGGGAAGCGUUGAUACAACUAUACGGGUGGAGACGAUCGAUCCAAAGACGUGGAAUCUAUUGCGAAAAAUUCGGCUCAACUUUCUGGGCGACGUCGGCGAUCUUGGCAUCAUGACCGAGAGAAUUGUGGACGCAGCAGUUCCAUGGGAGGUGCCCGGCAAGACAAUACACGAUUUUUCGCGUGGCCAACGGAUUGGAAGGGAAACCGAUUUCCAUUGCAAGUACACGUUCGAAGGCGUUGCCCUGUUGACUGAUAUCGCCCUCUUCCCGAAAAGGGUCUCACGAACUGGGCGGGCGCUCUACAUUGAAGCAAGCGACUAUCCUAGAGGCGAGCCGGAAAAUUUCGUGAACAAAUUCGCGGCACGCCUCCGCCGCCAACACAACGGCAUCGUGGAACGUUUCGAUGAGUGGGAUGAAACACUCGAAUUAUUUAUUUUGAAGCCGGACGAUGCGCAUCAUUUUUUGCGCUUCCACGCAUCUGGGAGAUGUUACAUCAUGGCUGCUGUAUGGGCAUUCGGUGAGCGUCUCGAGCUUUCAAUUUUCGACAAA